AUGGGCAGAAAACAUCAGAAUAAGCAAAGCGAUAAAGAAAAUAAAUUCAACCUGCAAAAGCGAAAAGAACUUGCAAAUUUAGUUCAAAAGUUACUAAAUUUAACAACAGUAUUUUAUGGAGCGGGAAAUGUAACCAAAAUCUGGGAUCAUCAUAAGGAGAUUGUGCCUCUGAUAAAGGAAAUAAUAAGUUAUGAGUACUCAAAAAAGCACCAGGCAGGCACACGGAAAUCUAAUAUAGAAAAGUAUGUCAAUUGGUUAAAAGAGAAUGGAGCUGAAUUUGAAGGUGUAGAAAUAGCAGAGUUUGAAGGCUUUGACUAUGGCCUUAAAGCAACCAAAGAUUUUUGUGAGGAUUCUUUACUUCUUACCAUACCUCAGAAAGUUAUGAUGACAGAAAAGGACGCACAAAAAUCUGAGCUGUCUGAGUUUAUAAAGCAGGAUCCGUUAAUGCAAAACAUGCCAAAUGUCACUUUAGCACUUUUCCUAUUACUAGAGAAAAGUAAAUCAGAUUCAUUUUGGAAACCAUACAUUGAUACCCUACCCCAAAAAUACUCAACAAUACUUUAUUUUGAUGUUGAAGAAUUUGCUGAACUUAAGCCCUCACCUACAUUUGAGUCGUCAUUGAAAUUGUAUACAAACAUAGCUAGACAAUAUGCAUAUUUCUGGCAUAAAAUUAAUAAGACAGAUAUACCUGCUUUGAAGAGCUUGCAGGAUAUAUUCACAUUUGAAAACUACAGGUAA